AGGAGCGUGGGGAGGGCGCCAGGUGAGCCGCCUGGGGCGGCGGGGCGGAGCUGUCGUGCGACCCCCGCCGCCCGGACCUCCGCCGUGCCGGCCCACUUCCGCCUGGUCCCCGGAGGGUGAGUAAAUUCCCGGAGGAAUUACCGAGCCUGCGUGCGGUCACCUGGCUAACGUCGAGGCCCGCCCCCUUCUCUCGGCAGCCUGGGGCCCAGGCCUGAGCCACCAUGGCGCUGCCCCCAGGCCCAGCUGCCCUCCCGCAUACACUGCUGCUCCUGCCAGCCCUUCUGAGCUCAGGUUGGGGGGAAUUGGCACCACAAAUUGAUGGUCAGACCUGGGCCGAGCGGGCACUUCGAGAAAACGAACGCCACGCCUUCACCUGCCGGGUGGCAGGGGGGCCUGGGACCCCCCGACUGGCCUGGUACCUGGAUGGACAACUGCAGGAGGCCAGCACCUCAAGACUGCUGAGUGUGGGCGGUGAGGCCUUCUCUGGAGGCACCAGCACCUUCACUGUUACUGCCCAGAGGGCCCAGCAUGAGCUCAACUGCUCCUUGCAGGACCCGGGUAGUGGCCGGUCAGCCAAUGCCUCGGUCAUCCUCAAUGUGCAAUUUAAACCAGAGAUUGCCCAGGUUGGGGCCAAGUACCAGGAAGCUCAGGGCCCAGGCCUCUUGGUUGUCCUCUUUGCCCUGGUGCGUGCCAACCCACCUGCCAACGUGACCUGGAUCGACCAGGAUGGGCCGGUGACUGUCAACGCCUCCGACUUCCUGGUGCUGGAUGCCCAGAGCUACCCCUGGCUCACUAACCACACAGUGCAGCUGCAGCUCCGCAGCCUGGCGCACAACCUGUCCGUGGUGGCCGCCAACGACGUGGGUGUCACCAGCGCCUCGCUUCCGGCCCCGGGGCUCCUGGCCACCCGAGUGGAAGUGCCGCUGCUGGGCAUCGUUGUGGCGGGAGGGCUUGCCCUGGGCACACUGGUGGGGUUCAGCACCUUGGUGGCCUGCCUGGUCUGCAGGAAAGAGAAGAAGACCAAAGGCCCCUCCCGGCGCCCAUCUCUGAUCUCUAGUGACUCCAACAACUUAAAACUCAACAACGUGCGCCUGCCACGGGAGAACAUGUCCCUCCCGUCCAACCUUCAGCUCAACGACCUCACUCCGGAUUCCAGAGAGAAACCAGCAGACCGGCAGAUGGCUCAGAACAGCAGCCGGCCAGAGCUGCUGGACCCGGAGCCUGGUGGCCUCCUUACCAGCCGAGGUACAGGGGCAUGGGCCCACGGCCCCCCUCCUCUCCUCCCCAGCCCUUGUGCUUAUGCCAGAGGCCUCUGGGUCUCCAAGCUUCCAGGCAGUGAGGCUUACUGAGACUCACGGCAUCUUUGACCUUGCAGGUUUCAUCCGGCUCCCAAUGCUGGGCUAUAUCUAUCGAGUGUCCAGUGUGAGCAGUGAUGAGAUCUGGCUCUGAGCCGGGUGAAAUUGGGGGCAGGGGGUGCCCUCUUGGCUCCUGGGCCCCCUCCUCCUCCUCCAAGGCAGCCUCUGCCUGGCUCUGUGGCCAGGUUGUGCCACUACUACUUUUGCUCGCCCUUCUGGCUGGGGUGCCCUCUGUCAUCCACGUGACACCUUUCACUGGGAUCUGGCCCUCAGGGGCACAGAUCUCCUUGGCAGAGCCACCAGCUGGACCUUAGCCCCUUGUUCUAACUCAGGUUGGGGGCUUUCACCGAUGCUUGUGCGCAGGCGGGUGGAGCUCUUAUCCAGGUGUGUUUGCAGGUCAUCCAGCAUCUACUGUGGCAUGGGCCUGCCGAGUGUGGUCUGGGCCUGCCCUGUGUCACACGCCAGUACCCUUAGCGCUUUGUACAGCAGGCAUGGGGGCAUGCCUGGGUGGGGGAGAGGGAGGGCCCAGCAUGUCUUCAGUUUCCUUCCCAUGCUAUGCAGCUUUGUUCCCUCAGGGAAAAUUUAGGACCCGGAGAGCUAUCUGGAACCAAACUGCCCUUUGCACAGGAACCAACCCCUGGCCCAAGGGGAAGGGCCAAGCACAAACCAGUCCCUUUUGCCGCAUACCUCUCUGCCCUUCUCUGUCUGUGCCUCCUCUUGGGCAUCAUAGGUUAUACGUUGGACCUUCUCCCAUUUCUUCACUGGGCACUAAACUUCCCCCUUGACCUGGCCCCCGGUGAUGCCAGUGCCUGGUAUUAGCACAAGUCAGGAGGAGAAGAGGGAGAUGGGAAGUCUAGGGGCACCCAAGACCGCAUGUAGCUAUGCAUCAUUUUCUUACUAUGUUAGCACUUUAAGCACAUCCCCUGGGGAGGGGGUAAGUGAGGGCCUCCGGGCCGUCUCCGUGGCUUCCCCAAGUCUGGCCUUCGUGUGAGUCACUGUGAGCGCCGAGCCUUCGGGGUUGACGGUUUCCCUCUUGGCGUGUCUCCCCACCAUGGGACUCCAUGACCAUUCCCUAACUGCCUCAUCAGCAGGAAGCCGCUCCUCCUGUCCAUCCUCUUCUUCAGGGGAUGGUCAUAGUGGCACAUUGUUUGACAGAGCUAGAAGCUUUAGGGGAACAUGGAGAAAGAGGGGACCACACACCACAAAACAAUCUAAGAACUCUUUGGAAAGCAACAUGGAAAUGAUUGCAGAUUAAUACAGUGCAGAGUAUAUUUUUCCCUUGUUGAAACCUUGUUUUGUAAUUUUUCUCAUGUUCCUGCCUAGGACAGUGCUGAGCACAUGGUAAAUUUAAUAAACUUGACUCAACGAA